UGCGAACAAUGGGUGAAAAACAGCGAAAACUACAAAAUCCGUGAAAUAUUUGGCAAAAACUUACGACAACUUCGCUACAGAACUGUCUGCGAGAAACACUUCUUCACGUAUGAGAUAAUCAAUUACAAGAACCGCAAACAACUCAUCAGCUCAUCCGUGCCUAAGAUCCUGAUGCCGGGUCAGACAUCGCUCGUACAUCCCGGUGCCAGUGGUAGUGUGGGGACAGUCGGCGCACAACUGCCUACCGCUACCACGAAAUCGAUCGGUAAACCUGAGGCCAAUCACCACACACUCAGCCAAUCAGUGAUAAGCAACAUAUCGGCGCCAAACAGGCGCUUGUCAUCAGACAUAUCGUCGGGCGAUGAGGACAUGGAUGACGACGACAUGGACUCGCAUUUAUCUGAAGACAACUUCAUCGACAAGAGUUUGAAGAAUUUGGAGCAAAUCGAGAGAACCAUUAACUCAUUGCUUAGUAAACAGUCAUUAGAGGCUCACCUGUCCACCGAUGGACAGGUAGGCAGUGAUAAUCUCAGUAUAAGUGGUGGUGAGAGACCGGACAUGCAGUCGUCCGACCAGUCAUUUGAUGGCAAUGAGUGUCAGGACGAAGAUCUGGUCGAAAAGCUACUGAAUUUCGAGCAAAUAUUGACCGAAAAUGAUGGCACCUUUGCCUCAAAUCUCAGCUCAAUUCAGACAUUAAUUAGUCAGUCCUUGUUUGGACACCAGUCAGGGUAUAACCCCCCGAACGCCAACGACAAGCAAAAGCGCAAAUGUCUGACGAUAUCUGAGAAACUGGAAAUAAUUCAGGACUUCAACGACGGCAUGAAGCGGACGGACAUUAUGCGGAAGUACUGUCUGCCAUACCAGUCCUCCCUGAGCGCCAUUCUCCGCAAUAAAGACAAAUACAUCGAAUACAUCACCAAAGGGUUCGGCAGAGAGGAUAAGCUGAAGCGCGUGAAGUCGCGGAGGGGUUGGGUGGUCCCCAAAGCCACACCACUGCCGCCCAAAGUGCCAAAAACGACCCGGAGGUCGGCGCACACGACCCGGGACUCCGACACGCUAUCGAAAGCACAUUUCAGUGGCGGUGGCGGAGCCUAUCGACUGACGCACAAAAUNCCCAAAGUGCCAAAAACGACCCGGAGGUCGGCGCACACGACCCGGGACUCCGACACGCUAUCGAAAGCACAUUUCAGUGGCGGUGGCGGAGCCUAUCGACUGACGCACAAAAUGGGUUUUGCCGGCGCGGGCGCCGGUACCUCAACUCACGGCUACAAACCUGCGCUAAAAAUGGGGUCUAACGCGAGGGCAGAGCGCAAGAGUGUGAACCCCGUGGGCCGACCCAAGGGCUCGACAAAAGCGGCCCUAAAUUUGGCCAAAAAUCGCGUGAAUUCUGUUAACAGAGUUGUGGCGAAAAAUGUGUUGGCUCCAGUUGUGUACCACCACCUGAUUGUGAUGCCAAAUGUGAGCCGUUGUUGGACAGGCUGUCUAGUGUAG